AUGGCGGGCAGCGCGCGGCGGCCCGAGCACCGCGGCCCCCCCGAGCUGUUCUACGAUGAGGCCGAGGCCCGGAAGUACACGCAGAACUCCCGGGUGGUGGAGAUCCAGUCGCAGAUGUCGGAGCGAGCUGUGGAGCUGCUGGGAUUGCCUGGGGACCGGCCGUGCCUCCUCCUGGAUGUGGGCUGUGGCUCUGGGCUGAGUGGGGAUUACAUCUCUGAAGAGGGUCACUACUGGAUUGGCAUGGACAUCAGCUCAGCCAUGCUGGAUGUGGCUGUGGAAAGGGAGGUGGAAGGAGACCUUCUCCUUGCAGAUGUGGGUCAUGGAAUUCCCUUCAGGCCUGGCACCUUUGAUGGCUGUAUCAGUAUUUCUGCAGUGCAGUGGCUUUGUAACGCUGACAAGAAAUCACACAGCCCACCAAAGCGCCUCUAUCGAUUCUUCUCAACUCUUUAUAGUGCCUUGGCCCGAGGGUCCCGAGCCGUCCUGCAGCUGUACCCCGAGAACUCAGAACAGCUGGAGCUCAUCACAGCCCAAGCCAUGAGAGCUGGCUUUACUGGGGGAAUGGUGGUAGAUUACCCCAACAGUGCCAAAGCCAAGAAGUUCUUUCUUUGUCUCUUUGUUGGGACAUCUGGCACGUUACCAAAGGGCCUUGGUACUGAGAGUGCUGCUGAAGAGAUGCACCAGGCAAAGUUCACCAAUGAGAGGACGCGGUUCAGAAACGCCAAGGGCAAGUCUGUGAAGAAGAGCAGAGACUGGAUCCUGGAGAAGAAGGAGCGCAGGCGGAGACAGGGCAGGGAGGUGCGAGCAGACACCAAAUACACAGGCCGGAAGCGCCGCCCUCGCUUCUGACGUGCUCUGGACACUGCUGCCCUGGAAGGUGGUGUGUUGGUCCUUCCAGUAAGCCUCCUGUGGAUGGCACAGAUGGACACCCCAGGCCUAGGACUGGCCACUGUGGCUCUGGAAGGUGUAAACUGGCUCAGCUGCUGCCCAACAACAAAGCUUCCAGCCCCGUUCUCCUGCCACAGGUAGAGUGGCAGCCAGUGCGCUGGCCACUUGGUGUCUGCAAUGCCAUUGCUUAUUUUCCUGUGACUGCUGUGAGCCACCUGGAGCUCCAGGUGAGCCAGACCAUUAUGUUCAACCUCCUCACUAAACAGUCAA